AUGGUAGUAGAUAGUAAUAAUACCAAUCACAUGGCUGCGUUCAGUGUGUCCCUAUCGCCUUUGCUACCAAGCUCCGUGGAAGAUGAGACGCCGCCCGGCAGAGACGAGGGAAAACGUGUGCGUUUUCAGCCUGCAUUCCAGCCCACCCACACCGUUUUCACCCCCAAAUUGAGUGAAACUGGCUCUUUGCGAUACCGUAAACCAGACGAUCGCAUGGUCGGUAGCACGAGUCUAGCGCCUCCAAGUUCCGUCUCUUCGAUUGCGCAACCGAAUUAUGACGACUUUCUGCGACGUGUGAGCGUUGUACUGUAUCAACAUAUCAGACGUUGUGAGAAGCGACAUCGCGAACAGCAACGUAGCGGUAAUACUGGGGGAAUGACAAACGCCAUUACUGCAGCUGUUUCUGCUCUUACGACAUUGGAACAUCGACCUUUGAAUGUAUACGGAUCCUCCAAUCAUACAUCGGAAACAGCAACGUUUCAUGCGGAAUCGUUGACUUGUUUAUCAGAUUCGGAAGGAGAUGAAGAUACACAGGAAUUAAAUACUACAAACUCAAGUACUAUUUCGUCUCCGAAACUACUGGAUUUACCCGUGGAGGAAAUUUUUUGUGAAGAACAUUUCGUUACUCCUCAGUAUAAGUAUACUUUUGUGAGAUUGCCAAGAGUGCAUCCGAUGACGGUGUAUAGAAUGGAAAAGAUUACGUCAAAAAGACAUGUGCCCAGUGUGGAUGAAAUUUUUCGAUUCUGUAAGAAUUUAUUCAAUAAGGCACAAUUGAGUGCAGAGUGCACUAUUGUAUGUCUGAUCUACAUUGAGAGAGUUAUGGAGCAAGCUAAUGUACCACUAGUAGCGGCUACAUGGAAACCAAUUGUACUUUGUGGUUUGCUCUUGGCAUCGAAAGUGUGGCAAGAUUUAAGCUCAUGGAAUGUCGAGAUCAGCAAUAUCUAUCCACAAUUUUCGCUGCACUCGAUCAAUCGACUGGAGCGGCUAUUUCUGCAUCAUAUCCAGUGGGAUCUCUAUAUUUCCGCAACGGUGUAUGCCAAGUACUAUUUUGCACUCCGAUCACUAACAGAAAAGAAAAAUUUCAGACGUCGGUAUAAUUAUACGAUGCGUGUGGACCCACCCAACUCAAAAAGACUUGAAGAACGAAGUGCAGCAAUCAAGCACGAACUGUAUUCCAAGAGUCUCUGA